UCAAAGUGGGUUUAACUGGGAUGAAACCCGACAUAUGGUAACAGCUGAUGAGAACGUAUGGGAUGAGUUCGUCAAGGCCCACCCUGAUAUGCUAUCAUACAGAGCAAGGGUUGUGCCACACUAUAAUGAGCUGUGCAUAAUAUGUGGGCAUGCAAUUGCGGAUGGAAGAUACAGUCUUUCAUGUUUCGACAUAGACUUUGACAAUGAAGAAACAACAAAUGUUAAAACUCCACCUAGUGAUGAUCAUUCAAAAAUUGACUGGUCGCAGACCAUGGACCAAUUCUUUGUUGAACUAAUGCUGGACCAGGUGCAUAAAGGGAAUAAAAUUGGCCACACUUUUAAGAAGAAAGCUUGGGCAGGCAUGGUCACAUCAUUUAAUACUAAAUUUGGCUUCCACUGUGGUGGGGUGGUGUUGAAAAAUCGGUAUAAUAUCUUGAGGAGGCAUCACAGUAGCAUAAAGAUUCUGCUCACUCAAAACGGGUUUUGUUGGGAUGAAACACAACAAAAAGUGGUAGCUGAUGAGUUGCUCUGGAAUAAGUAUAUCAAGGCUCAUCACAACUUUCGGAUGUACAGAAAUAAAGUAAUGCCAUAUUAUUCUGAUAUGCGCAUCAUAUGCGGCGAUGAAGCCACCACCAUGAAAAAUAAUACACCAUAUUGCAAGUCACAUCUUCAGGAGGAAACCCAUGGGAAGAAGAAUAUGAAUGGAAAAGCUUUGAUUAUCAGUGAUACAGAUUUAGCAGCAGAUAAUGCAGGUAAAGAAGCAUUGCAUUCAUGUGGUGAUAAGAAGAAGAACCACAAAUCCAGAAAAAAUUCAGGUGGUGACAAGAAGAAGCAUCAUUCAAUUUCAGAUGGUGAUAAGAAUAUUGCAAGUGAACAACAGAAAAGGCUUCAACCUGAGAUGUGUAAACAAACCUUUCAACAGUCAAAAAGAGCAAAAAGAAUUCAUGAUGGUAUGGCUGAUGCUCUAAGGGAGAUGGCAGCUGUGGUUACAUCAUUAACAAGGAAAACAAAGAAAGAGAGCUCUAUUUUGAUGGAGGGCGUGGUUGAUGUGCUCCAGGCUAUGCCGGACAUGGAUGACAAUCUAUUGCUGGAUGCCUGUGACUUCUUGGAGGAUGAGAAAAAAGGCAGGAUGUUUUUAGCAUUGGAUGCCUCUCUACAAAAGAAGUGGUUAAUGAGGAAGCUCCGUCAACAGUGAUUAUUUUUUGGUUUUUUCCUUCUUUCCUCCUCCCCAUCACUAUAUAUCAUAAUGCCAAUUCACAUUCAACA